CAUCUGGACGUGGAAGAGAUACACGCAACACCUAUCUUUUCGCAAAACCUACAGCUCAAAUGGUCGGAUUACGAACAACCCGGUGUGGAGCAAUUCACUAAUCUACUUGAUCGCCUCCAGCAGUCCAUGGAAAGAUCAGCAGCCCUCAUCAUUACUCGUCCCCCAGAAAUUGUCAGCGUGCUCAAGAUUACAACUGAAGAAGUACGGUCCAUCUUUGUCACCUUUGAUUCACAUCCGAGGAAGAAGCAUCCAGACGGUGCAGCGUUCAUAUUCCAUCCUUCUCUGGGCGCAGCUGCGGUCUACCUCAACGACCUUCUCCAGUUCGAUGCGCAUAUCUUAUCGGAUCCCAACUUGCAGUGGCAAGCGCAGUUACUGGCGCAUUGCUCAGCCCAUAUGUUUACUGCACGAGAGACGCCAACCUCACCGUUAGAGCUGCGCGAAGUACUUCUAGAGGCGAGCCUGGAAGUCCUCAAACUGAAGGCUGAGAUUUCGGACCUGACUUCCCGUAUGCGCGCGUUGGACUCCGACAAUAGGCAUCUUGCAGAGGAGAACACCGAUUUGGAAGCCAAGGUUGAGGACUUGCAGGAGGAAAACCGACGUCUAGUGCGGAAGGCAGCCUUUUCCACGGCAGAUAGCACGCCGGCUUCGAUAGCCCGCCUUUCUCCUGCGAGCGGCAGUUGGCCCGGGUCGCCUUCUCUCAGAAGUCCAUCAUCGAGUCAAAAGCCCAUACAUUCGUCGCAGAAGGACCCGAACUCGAAGGGAAAGCUGGUCUUCAAAACGAUCGAGGAGUACGACGAAGACGAUGCGAUCUUUGCCACGCGCAUUGAGCUCGAGUGGCGAAGCCAGGUCGACGACAAGGCGAGCCUCGACCUCGCACUCCGUCAGCAGCAGCAGUUUGAGGAUGAAGACCGUUUGCUUCGUGCACAGUUCGAGGAGCUCCGACAGUCUGCUCCCGCGACGUUUCAAUGUGGGAUAUGUUUGGAGGAACAAGUCGAGUCGACGGUCUGCCAGGUCGACCCUUGCGGCCACAAGUUCUGCAGGGACUGUAUACUCUCGUAUCUGCGGUCGAAACUCGGCGAGCAUCGAUUCCCAAUACUCUGCCCCAUCUGUGCCACCGAUAGGGGUUCUGGGGAGCCUGGGAUUGGAUUGAACGAAGAGGAGUAUGCUGUGUUUACCGAGCUGGAGCUUGCGUCAUUCUCCGUGCUACUUCACUGUCGAAGAUGCCAGCAGACUAUCUUCGUCGAUAAGGAAGAAUACAACGAGCAAUCCUUGAUUGUUUGCCCUUUGCGAGGGUGCAACUACAUAUGGUGCAAAGCGUGCUCCCGCGCCAUCGAGAUAGGCGGUCCACCGCAUUCCUGUGACGGAUCUUCCGAGCUAAACCACCUUAUGACCCAGCAAGGAUGGAAAAUUUGCCCUGGCUGCAGCACCCCCAUUCUCAAAGUUGACGGAUGCAACCAUAUGACGUGCAUUGCGCCGGGCUGUAACACCCAUUUCUGCUACCUAUGCGGAGACAUAAUUGUGCAAUCCGUCAGACGCCAGGACAUCAAAACGGCCCUGACCAGGCAUUACAAUAGUUGCACCUUGAUUGAAGUUCCCCUGGAGCGUACACCACUUCGCUAA